GAUUGCUACCAACAUCGAAACGUCACGCCCCCAAUAUCCCAUCACAUCCGCUGUCGUGCGUGCUUGGAAUUAAAUAUCGAGUGUCGUUUGUUUCUUUCUUACACAGCGUUUUUCGUAGUCAGGAUGGCCGACGACGAGUUCGACGGAGACGAAGUGGUAGACGACUUUGAUGAUGUAGACGAUGACGACAACAUCGAAUUGGAGCAGCAAGAGGAAGAUGGUGAAAAUAUAGAACUCUUAGCGGCAGGCGAUACUCAAGGCAGUGUUCAAAAGUCAAAAAGAAUCACAACCAGAUAUAUGACAAAGUACGAAAGAGCAAGAGUAUUAGGAACACGAGCGUUGCAAAUAGCAAUGUGCGCCCCUGUAAUGGUCGAACUUGAGGGAGAAACUGACCCACUCCAAAUAGCCAUGAAAGAAUUGAAACAGCGAAAAAUUCCAAUAGUUAUCCGCCGCUACUUACCUGACAAUAGUUAUGAAGACUGGGGCAUCGAUGAACUUAUUAUAAUAGAUCAUUAAAACACAUUUUUAAUUUCUGUUCAACUCUAGAUGAAAUUCACAUUUCUUAAGUUAAUCAUUUAUAUUAUACCGCUUUUCUUAUAAAAAUGUUGAAAAAUAA